GUUUCAUUGUUAUCAUUUUAUUAAACACAUCAACCUAUUAUAUGUCAGUUAAAGAAGUUACUUUUCCAAAAGCUUUGAAUAUUGUAAGACCAUCAACACCUUCACUACGACACCAGGAUUCUUCACAAUUAAGUUCAACUAUAUCCUCACCUUCCACUAUAUCUACGAUUUCAACCUAUUCCGCCUUUAAUAACCAUACCCGAGUACAACCUACGAUUGUAAGCCCAUCAAAUCACACAUAUAUUCAAAAUAACUGGGCCAACUUCAAGUCAGCCAACCCAGUAGCCAAUACUGUGGGUGUCAAUCCUCAUCGAUUUUUACAGAGACCUCGAAGUAACUCCAAUCUCUCACGAUCUACAUUCUUUUCAUCUUUAUCUGCAUCAAGUCAAAAUGAAGAUGAGGAUGAGGAUGACCUCGACAGUAUUGAUGGUUUAACUGACGACGAUGAUGAAGAAGAAGAAGAAGAUGUCCUAACAAAAGUUGUUGCUAAAGUAAAGCAUGGCACAAUUAUGAACGGUAAAGGAGAAUUUGUCAACAAAGGACCUAUUGCAGAAGAACAAAAUUCUUGGCUUGAAGAGGCAAGGACGAACCGUAAAAUUGCCGAUCUUGAAAUAGAGAAAGCAUCUCUUUUGUUUCUAAAUAGUACUUUGGAAGCCAAGUUGCGACAACAAUCGUCACAGAUUGCCGAAUUGCAAAAGCGAUUACAAAUGAAUGAAUUACCCCUGACACCCGUAUCAGACAAGCACUCUGAAGAGUUUCCUCCAUAUGAUGAUGAUGCCAGUACACUUGUCUCAAAUCAAGCUAUGUCAGAACAAGAAGAGAUGGAAAACGACCUCGCCUUUCAACGUAUAAGGUCGAUGCUUGAAGGCCUUAUUACUCAAGCAGAAACAGCAUUAACCCAGAAAACAAAACAAUCAGGAAAGGUGCUACAACAACAAGAAGAUUAUUACUUGCCAAUAAAAGAUGAAGAAAAAAAACAUCAUGUUGAAGCAUUGCAUAAACUGACAGUGAGAUCUGCCACAUCUUCUCUUGAGAACCGUAGAUCUAAGACACCAACAAUCAACACAAGAAGAACAAUGACACCAACUAGUCGGCGUGUAUCUACAUCGGACACUUCUUCUACUAUCUCCACUUCAUCUGCAAGAAGUUCUUCAGGGGUUCAAAUGUCUAGAACCUUAUCACGACAAUCAUCUCCACCUGUCAUGAUGAGAUCUAACUCACCUAGACCUUUUAGUCCACCACCUUCUACUCAACCACAAAGAAAAUCUUUGACACCCAAACAAUCUCAAUUAAGAAAACAAAAUGCUGAAAAGCCAAAAUGGAACUUUUAAGACUUCUUUAUAUUCUGUAUCUAUGGUUAUUUUAUGAUUUCACUAUGCAAAACAAAAAAAAAACGUCCUUUCACUUUCUUUAAUGUAUAUAUACACACAUAUAGGACAUAUUUUAUUUAUUAUGUAUACCAUAUACCCCCUCACAUUCUAUGACUUGAACAAUCACACUCAUUCUAUUCAUUCAUUCACACAUAUAUAUAUCUCUUUUUUUUUGUAGCAGCCUUAUUGUAUAUUAUAAAAUAAACUUACCUUGGUGUCAACUA